UCUACAUUCGCUUAUCACACUUUGUUUAAAUCAUGAACUUAGAGCUUGGGCUGUGUAUUGUACUUUUGUUCGGUUUGGCACACGCAUCGGAAUCCCAGCCUCGCAUCAUUAAGGGAACGAAAGUGUCGAUUGAGGACUUCCCGUACAUCGUAUCACUUCGAAAUAACAAUCAACAUUCCUGCGGUGGCAGCAUCCUCUCGGAAAACUGGAUUAUGACGGCUGCUCACUGUGUUAAAUACGCCGAAAUUUCAAAACUCUCUAUUCAAGCUGGACGGACAAAGGUCUCCAAACGCGUUGAUUUGUCGGUCUACGGUGUUAAGCAGGUCAUUCUGCAUCCCCAGUACGAUGAAAAAAAUAGUUGGCAGAACGAUAUUGCUCUAUUGAAAUUGACGGAACCGCUACAGCUUUCGGACUCGGUACGUCCGGUUCGACUACCUGCCGUUUGCUACGAAGUCACUGGUCCGGAUCUUAAUGCGGUGGUGGUAGGUUGGGGCGUUACUCGUCGGGGUGUACUGUCCAAAAAUCUGCAAAAAUUAAUUUAUCUGAUCGUUCCGCAUCAUGAGUGCUUUGAACAGCACAACAAUUUUCCGAUUUAUCGAACCCAAAUUUGUGCUGCCGAUCCGACCUAUCGUAGGGCCGAGUGUAAUGGUGACUCCGGUGGUCCCCUGAUGUACCAAGGAGUACAGGUUGGUAUUAUUUCGUGGAGUGAAAAACCGUGCACUGUAGCACGAUUUCCAGGUGUAAUGACCAAAGUAUCGCAUUACAUCAGGUUCAUUUAUAUGCAUACCGAUGUGGAACUGGAGGAUGACAAUUUUCACCAGUGCACUGGCGAGGGAAAAUAAAUUUGCCAUUCGAAAAGGUCGUUUUAUUGCAGACCAACCAAUAUUUAGUAACUGGGCGUAUUUUCUAAGUGAAAUACAAGACGCCAAAGUGACAAGGAGAAAGUAAUAAAAGGUAAUAGAGAAUGUAAUAUUUGAACGCAUUGUAUGUUGAAGUGAUACACCAGUUUGGAGGCUGGAAAUCCUUGAAUGUUCGUUGAUAUUAGAUUUUGCUUAAACAACAACAAACAAUUUCGAGCUAUAAUUGAAAAGAAGCCGCCAUUUUUCCGAGAUAUAUUUUUGCCAGAACCUCGGUAACAUACAAAAUAUACCUUUCAUUACUGACUUAACGUGAUGCAUGAACGUGAGUUACUGAUGAUUCGAGUUUUUAUAUGGUUGUAUUAUCCCAAAAAAAAUUUUAAGAAUACUAGCUUGGAUUUUUUUAGAGAAGUAUUUUUUCUUUCAACGGAUUAAAUAGUCGGAGUGACCGAACAGACCGAGCCAAGCGUCAAAAACAUUAUUUCGAGUAAUCAGCGUUCAAAGUUUAA